UUUGUAAACUACAUCCGCAAUAAUACUCAAUUCUAAAAUGUUUGUUGUUGGGAAUGUCUUGGUCGUCUUGGCGGUUCGAGGAAGUAGAAGAUGAGAAAUGAUGGUUGACUCAUACCUCCAAGUCCUCAACCGAAAUGUACAUUUUUGUAACACAUUUCUAUAUCCUGCACUUGGUCAAGAAAAGAAAGUUCCUGGAACAAAUCAAAGCAAAGUUUACUCUUCACCUUCCCUGUAUAAAGGUAGACCCUCUUCCCAGAGACAUUUUGAUUCAAUUCGAUCGUCGAGGUCAGAUUACUUGGAGCAUAUUCGGCUAAACCGCCGUAGAGAGUUGAUUAAGAUGGAUACUAGUAAGAUAUUUCAAGGCGAGUCUGACAACUACGAUGGCGUUACCGUAACCAUCACGGAAGCAAUGGAUGCUGCUGAUUUCACUGAAAAGCUUAGGGCUUCGCUUUCGCAUUGGAGACAAGAGGGGAAGAGGGGGAUUUGGAUCAAUCUACCUAUUCUAUUUGCUAAUCUUGUAGAGGCUGCAGUUAGUGAAGGGUUUAGAUAUCACCACGCGGAGCCUGAUUACUUAAUGCUUGUGUCUUGGAUCGCAAACACCCCUGAUACAAUCCCAGCCAAUGCUUCUCACGUUGUAGGUGUUGGUGCUUUGGUCCUCAACAAAAAUACUGGAGAGGUCCUCGUUGUCCAGGAAAAGAGUGGUUAUUUUAGAAAUAAAAAUGUGUGGAAGCUCCCUACUGGUGUCGUCAACGAGGGUGAGGAUAUUUGCCAUGGAGUAGCUAGGGAAGUGGAAGAAGAAACUGGUAUUGUUGCAGAUUUUGUGGAAGUGUUGUCUUUCAGGCAAAGCCACAAAGCAUUCUUGAACAAGAAAUCGGAUCUGUUUUUCCUGUGUGCCUUAACUCCACGCUCCUACGAAAUCAUUGAACAAAAAUCUGAGAUCUUGGAAGCUAAGUGGAUGCCGAUAAAAGAAUACGUAGACCAGCCAUGGAACCAGAACAAGGAGAUGUUCAAGUACAUGGCUAACAUCUGCCAGAAGAAGUGCGAGGAAGACUACGUGGGAUUCUCCACUGUGGAAAGUACCACAGGAACUGGUAAGAAGAGAUUUGUUUACUGCAAUGCUGAUCAUGCCAUGAGCCUUAAUGCAGCGCGUGAUCAAGCCUCCUCUUCUCAUUGAUAACAUUCUCAUCCCGAUUUUGUGUCGGAUGAGACAAUGCAUCCUCUGUCAAUUGUCUUUGUCUUUGUAAUUUGUUUUCAGUUAUUGUUCUCCAAAACAUUGAAGUCUUAACCGGUUUUUAAAUUCUCAGA